AAGUCACAAAACUACAACACAAGGGACUGGGCAGGUAUCAUUUUGUGUUACUCGACUUCCUCAUUCUAUCACCAGUCAGACUGGAAAAUGGCUGGAUGAUAACAUCUGCUGUGUGACACAUUUUUACACCUCCGUAGGAUUUUGCAUAUGCUGUAUCUGGCACCUCCCAAAUUGCAUUUUAGAGAUGAAUAGUCCUAGCGAGAUGUUUUUUACACCCAAACCAGUUAAGAUGCACGUGUGUCAGCUGCUUAGCCUUCUCUCAGCCACCGUGGUGCUGAGAAACACCCUAGCUUAUUUGGAUGAAUGUGACUCUGCUCCGUCUGUUUGCGGGGCCCAGGCCGCUGGGGAUAUUAUGAUAGGUAUAAUGUUGCCGUGUCAUCGUAAAGUGAAGGCAGUUCAGGAACGGAUUAGACCAGAAAACUACCACUGCUCAGAUUUUGAUUUCUCGACAUUUGUGAGAUCCUUGGCUGCUAUUUAUGAAAUUGAGGAGUUAAAUGCAGCUGGCUUCCUCCCCGGAGUGCAUCUUGGAUAUAUGAUGUGUGACACAUGCUCGUAUGCAAGCAAAGCAUUGCAAAAUGUAGGACACAUGCUUGCAGUCAACAACUCUAUCGAUGUGAAGUGCAACUACACCAACUUCAGACCCAGAGUCAAAAUAAUUUUAGGAGCGCUGUACUCUGAGGUCUCCAUAGCUUUGGCCAGACUGCUGAAUGUGUACAUGGUCCCUCUGCUGAGCAGUGGAUCAACUUCACCAGAACUAAGUGAUAAGCUGCGCUAUCCUGUUUUUAUGCGUACUGUUCCCAGUGACAAGCAUCAAACUAAAGCGCUGGCCAAAUUGAUGGAUUACUAUACCUGGAACUGGGUUGGGGUUGUGUAUGGGGAUGACGAUUACGGCAAAGCAGCUUUCCAGAGCUUUCUCACUGAUGCAGAGGCAAACAGUGUGUGCUUGGCCUACCAGGAGGAGUUGCGUCAUUAUCUUGAUGAUUCACACACCAAAGAUCGUAUUGAACAGAUUGCCCAUGUGAUCCGUUCCUCCAGUGCCCAGAUAGUACUGCUAAUCCUGAAAUCAGAGCUGGUAGAGGUGUUUUUUCAGGAAAUGAUCAGGACCAACACAUCAAAAGUCUGGAUUUCCACUGACGCCUGGUCUAGGAGCUCAUCCCUUGCCCUAAUGGAUGGCAUCAACAAGAUUGGAGACAUUUUAGGCUUUACCUUUGUUGCCUUGAAGAGUGAAUCAUUUGACAAUUAUCUCAAGAAUCUUACUGCAACCCCAGGAGGAUAUAACCACUUCAUCACAGAGUAUAAGAACAUGAGAUUCAACUGUUCCUCAGAAUGUUUCUCAAACAAUCCUCCAUUCUAUUGUGCCAAUCUCUUGAGAGUUAAAUCUAGCAGCGCAUGCACUUUGAGUGACCCUGAAGGACAGAAUGAUGACUUUCUUGUAAAGGCAACUGAUACAAGCGAACCCUACCUGAUUAGAGUUGCUGUGAGGGCCAUAUCACAUGCUCUCAAAAAGCUACUGAAGUGCAACAGUUCUUUUUGCACAGGAGAAAUUAACUUUCCACCAUGGAAGCUUCUGAAAGAACUAAAAAAAAUUACAUUUGAAUUUGAUAACCAGACAUUCUUCUUUGACGAAAAUGGUGAUUUUGUAAAUGGUUAUGAUCUGAUCAUGUGGGAAACGGAUGGCCCCCACAGAAUAUUUCAAAGGAUUGGAAGAUACUCUAUUCUUGAUGAUCAAAUUGAGCUUGAAGUGAAAGAAUUCAACUGGCUUUCAACAUCUAAUACAUCGAUUCCUAAAUCCAGAUGCUCAGAGAGGUGCCCCCCUGGCUGGGUUAAGAAGAUCUUCAAUGUAUCCUGUUGUUAUAACUGUUCCCAAUGUACUGAGGGGACCUAUUCAGAUGCCUGGGAUCUUCAUGACUGCAAAACCUGUCCCAAUGGAACUUGGUCUCUCAAAGGAGAGACUCACUGCAAACCAAGAUGGGAGUCUUACCUGAGGUGGAGCGAUCCUCACCCUAUCACCAUGGUAGCAGCUGCUGCCUUUGGUGUUUUGGUCUUGUUAGUUACCUUCACUAUCUUUUUAGUGUAUAGAGAUUCACCUCCCAUGAAAAGAGCUGAGGUGAAGUUGUCCUGUGUGAUGAUGGCUGGUCUGGCAGUGAGCUUUGCAAGUGUGGUAUGCUUCAUGGGAAAACCCACUCUACACCUUUGCCAGGCUCGCCAGGUUAUGUAUGCCAUGGGUUUCACCCUGUGUGUGUCCUGUAUCUUAGUUAAAGCCUAUCGUACCUUCCUGGCUUUCCUUCCCUUUGGUCAGCUAACAAACUGGAGACUACAUAAACUUUACAAACCACCUGUAAUUGUUAUUAUAAUGACUACUUUUCAGGGGAUCAUCUGCCUUUUAUGGCUAAUCUUUGAUUCUCCGGAUGUUGAUGACACACCUCCAUCCCCACAGAGCAUGACCAAAAUUAUACAAUGUAGAGAAGGAAAGACAUACAUAGGUUUUGGCAUUAUGCUAAGCUACAUAGCUCUGCUUGCAUUAGUGGGAUUUCUCUUAGCCUUUAAAGUCAGGAAAAUUCCACAGGAAUUCAGUGAAACAGGUUACAUCAUUUUUAGCAUGCUGAUGUACUUGUUUGUAUGGGUGUGUUUUAUCCCAGUCUAUAUUACCAACACCGAAGAGAGCACUCCUGUGCAGGCUUCAGCCAUUCUGGUAUCCAACUAUGGCAUCAUCUUUUGCCAUUUUUUACCUAAAUCCUUUGAAGCACUAUCUAGGUCAAAGACUGAUACACUGGAAAGCAUUCUCAGGAGAUGGCGAGUCACCUCUAGUCCUAAUCUUGAUUCAGAGAUGGAGACAGACACAACCUCACAAAGGAGUUGUAGAUUUUCAGUAUCAAGUACAUCAACUAUGCUGAAGAGCUCAGGGACUCUAAAUGAAAUCUGCCCAACUGAUGAGGUCAUAAUUCCUAAAUCCAAUGACAAGAUUAAUUUCUAUGCUGUGUCUUUUAGACAGGGAACUAAAGUGACAAUGAGACGUAGGAGUAUAUCCUUCUAAAUCUGAUUCUAAAAAAAAAGUGAUGUGUACUCUGUACAUUUUGAGAGAUAUUUUGUGCUAAGUGAAAAGUAAAUAUUCGAUGUAUUUGUUCUUUUGUGUGUAUAAUUUUCAUUGUUUGUGAUUGUUUUGUUUAUUUUUUUUUUUAAUUCACUUGUUAGUUCAGUUGUUUGUUGCUGACUGUACCAAUGCUUAAUUUGGCAUUUAGUGUGACAAAGAGAUGUGGAGUUAAUCAGAAUAGAAAAAUUGUACAUGCUGUGUGUAUGGCACCAUUGUGUGUACCAGUUUACCAGUUUACCAUUGUUUUUACCAUUGCUUUUUUUUUUUUUUUUUUUUUUUUUUCAAUAAAUGCUUUCAUUUAGCCCUUUUAUGGAAAGGCAAGACCCCUAGGACUAUCAGACAUGUGUCUGUAUUUGUCCACACUGGGAAGGUUGCUAACCCAUAUAAGCAAUGUUAUUACUUUAUACUGUCACCUAGGUACUUGCUCUGGGGAUUUCAGGUUCUGGGUUCGGUAAAGCAUCUUUAGCCUAUUUGGAUUGUUACAGAUACUGUAUAAUGUGAUAUAAAUCAAACAGAACACGAAAAAAAUAAUUGAAUACCUCCACACACCAAUAUAUACUGUAGCUCUGUAAUGCUAAUAUCCAGUGGAGUAAUUUCAGUUUAUCACAUCAAACAAUAAUGUAUUGUAUUGUUUAGUCUUCAUGGAAACACCUGAAUCGUUUUUCAAGCUUUUAUGAGAACCAAACAUUCUUCCGUUUCUGAUUGUUGAUAAAGGGAAAAGGUAUUGUUCACAGUGCUGCUAUUGUUCAGCUUUUGUUUCUGUAGUCAAAUGGCUGAAUUCUUAUAAACAAGAAAUUCAAGUUCUAGAAAGGCAAGAGAGAGCUUUAAUCUCAUUAGCAGAGGGAUGAAAGAUUUCUGAUCUUAGGAAACUUGAUGACAGAUGACAUCUGAAAUCUUAAAACAAAUAAAUGGCAAAAUUACAAAAAAAUGUAAUUUAUAAUAUUUGUAAUAUAUAUAUAUGUGUGUGUCAAGCCUAUCACCUUCCGGAGAAUAAAAGUAAAAAAACGAAAAUACAUGCAGUUAUGCUAACAUUACCUUAGUUCCACCGUAAUGUACACUCACUUGCCAGUUCAUACAAUAGUGAGAGCAAUAUAUUUUAAUAUAAAAGCCCUGCAUCCUAGCUUCAUCAAGGUUAUGAAAUUUGUUUCAUAAAAUCGUUUUAUUAUUUUCAAAAUUAGUAUAAAAAUAACAAUGGUACACAUCCAGUUUGGAGACUUAUGCGGCAUUUCACAGCCGACACUAAGCAGAAUCAUGCAUACAUGAUACAUCAUACAUUUACAUCCAGUUCGCAUACAGACAUCACCAGCAAGUCAUUCAAGUCAUUGCCGGAUUCCCAAACGUAAAUUGGAGCUAUAGAUUAACUCACAUCUCAAUAAAAGCACAUAACGAAUUCAGUUACGUGUAUGUGUGAAAUGAUUUUAUUCAAUCAAUACCCAAUAAUGUGCGAUGCAAAGUGAGAACUUUAAUUUUCUUUAAUUUGAUCUAAUUUCAUAUUUUAUUUAUUUAACAUUUGCGAUGCGCAUGCAUCAAUCUGUAUCGGUGACUCGUUUAUUUGCAGUAAAGUAGUUUCGAUGUUGCUCAGAUGAUCCUUCAUUUCAUUUAGGGAUUUGGUGGGGUCUUGAUUCAGCAACGAUUUUCCUCCAAAGGCAGCACAGCGGUUUGGUGGUAGGCACUGAUGUCUCCCAGCGAGAAGGGUCCAAGCUCGGGCCUUUCUGUGUGUAAUAUCCAUGUGUGUAUUCGGUUCUUUGGGCUCUUCCUUUCUUCAUUUAUAACCUACUCGUCUCUGUUCUUCCACCUCAUUUAUCAAACGCUGCAUAGAAUAUACUCUAAAAGUGUACGGAUCGGGAUCGAUUGCUUCUCCCUGCUCAACCGGAAGUUAAGCAGCUUUUUUCAGAGGUUAAAAGUUGGAGGUUGAAGGUUUGCGGUUGAAGGCUGGAGGUUGAAGCUAAGAGGUUGAACUGUUUGAGGUUGUAUCUUUGAGGCUGAUUUUUUUUUGUUAAAUUUUAUUAGGUUGAUUUUUUAUUGUUGAAUUUUAUGAGGUUGAACUUUUUUUUUUUACAAGCAAUAAAACAAUACAUUCUUCAACAUCCAAGAAUGUUAUGUAACUCUGUAACAUAUACAUUUUCUACAGUUCAGAGACGACCGAAACCAGGAAGCCAACAUGCAUUGCACUGAAAUUAGCCAUACUCACGACCAACAUGAAUAUAAAAAUAA